AUGGUUACCUUCACCAAAUUGGCUGCGACGUCGGUGAUGAUCAUCUGCUUCGCUGGAGCCGCACCAGUGAAAAACCCCUCUUCCAUCGGCCAACGCAUCAAAUGCCUGACUGUGGGGUGCCCACAGCCGGAAGAAGUCCACCCAUAUAUAGGGAGCGUCGAACAGGUGGAUAGACGUGAUGUCGUUCCUCUUAGGAACGCGAAAGUGGAGGGUGUCGCUGAGACAGGGGACUCCGAGGUUAUCAUGCCCGCUGUCUCGGCGAAGCUAGUAAAGAACAGCAUCGUCAAGAAACCGCUGGAAGCGCUUGUGGGCGAAGGGAGCAACGAUCCUGAACAUGGCAAGAGGGAUCUCCAGAAGCAGCUUGAGCAGGAUGGUGUUGAAACAGAGCACGACGGCUCCAGCGUUACCUCCAACUCGCCUCUCCACCCCACCCGUACCCUCGAAAAUUCCGAUUCGGCCCAAGCAGGCACGGGCGCACGCAAUCCUCUUCUCAGAGCAGAAGAUAGCUUGGUUAAUGUUCUCGAACGCACUGUGUUGGGGCAGGGUGGUGACCACGGGCGAAGUUAA